UAUUGCCACAACUUACUGGCGAAGCACUGUAAUUAAAAAGCAGAAAAUAAUAAAAAAUCUUUUAGUUCAAAGAGUUUGUACGUGUUUUCCGUAUCCGUGAGAAGAAACCAAUAUCUAACUAUGCCAUUCUCAAUAGUGCAAACCCGUGGGCCUAAAUGGUACGCUGAAUUAAGCAUUGUUCCUGAUUCCUGGGUUCAAGGCACUAGCCAUAAAAAAACAUAUCUGUUUUGGCCAAACGUUAAAGGAAACAUACAACAUCUAAUUACGAAUGAUAAUAGUGUUCCGGAAGAAGGAUGGACGAAACAGGAGUACAAUGCCGAAGAUCUGGAAAAAUUUGAAAAAGAUUUAGAUGAGGAAGAAUAUUAUACCCAAGUAGUAAGCUUAUUGAAACAAAAAAAUAUUGAUAAAGACAUAAACAACAGAAUGUUAGCAACCCUUGAUGCCCUUUUCGAUAGGAGUUUCUUAACAAAGUGCACAUGGACAGGUAUUUCUAAAUCAGGAACUAAAAUAGCAAUGCAUUCAUUUAUAAAUGUAGUAAAUCUUUUUAAAUGCGUAGGAAGUACUAACCUUGUGCCCGUUACAGAUGAAACGGUGAGAGGUUUCUUCAUGAAUAGAUUGAAACACGCAUUAGAACGAUCUAAGGCCAAAGGUCUACGCAAAUCAACUAGCCAUAAAAGAAAAUUAAUAUAAAUUCUUGUCUACAUUUAAGAAACAUAAAACCUUUCAUUUAUUUGCCUUACUUACUACAUAAAUCUAGCUCUAACAUUUUCUAUUUCAAUACGUGAAUUUAAACUUAGGUUAACGUGUGCAACAAUGGAAUAAGCAAAUAUUCAGAACUAUUAUCUACACUAUACGCAACUAAUUUGCAUUUAAUAUCGCCAGGAUGACAAACUAGUUCGUUAGGAUUUAAGCUCUUAAGAUCGCCAAGAAAAAUGUUUAUAAUUCUUGAUGGAAAUGGUGAUAAAAAAUAAUCCG